CAACUCUGUACAAGAAGAUAUCAAGUUAUGGCCUUUCAAAGUCGUUGCAGGACAUGAGGAUAGACCGAUGGUCGUGGUGCAGUACAAAGGCGAGGAGAAGCAGUUCUCAGCCGAGGAGAUAUCCUCAAUGGUGCUGGCCAAGAUGAGGGAGACAGCUGAGGUUUACCUCGGCACCACAGUUAAGAAUGCUGUCGUCACCGUUCCUGUCUACUUCAACAACUCUCAGCGCCAGGCAACCAUUGAUGCUGGCACCAUCGCUGGCCUGAAUGUCAUGCGCAUCAUCAACGAGCCCACCGCAGCUGCCAUUGCCUAUGGUCUUGAGAAGAUGCCGGUCAGCAACAAUGGGAGGAGGGUGCUCGUCUUUGAUCUUGGUGGUGGGACCUUCGAUGUCUCCCUUCUCGAGAUUGAUCGGGGCUCCGACAUAGGUAUGGGUCUUUUUGAGGUGAAGGCCGUCGCCGGCGACACUCACCUCGGCGGUGCUGAUUUUGAUAAUGAGAUGGUGAAAUUCUGCCUGCGUGACUUCAUAAGAAAGCACAGGAAGCUAGACAUCAGGAGCAACCUGAGCGCCCGCCGGCGGCUGAAGACCGCCUGCGAGAGGGCGAAGAGGAUGCUGUCUUCCACGGCAGAGACCACCAUCGAGGUCGACUCGCUCCAUGACGGCAUCGACUUCAGCAUCUCCAUCUCCCGCUCUCGAUUCGAGGAGCUCAACAAAGGCCUUUUCAGUGGAUUUAUGGAGACUCUGGAGAAGUGCCUCCGCGAUGCCAAGGUGGACAAGGGCAGCGUCCAGGACGUCGUGCUCGUGGGCGGCUCCACUCGUAUCCCCAAGGUGCAGAGCAUGCUGCGGGACUUCUUCGACGGCAAGGAGCUCUGCCGUAGCAUCAACCCUGAUGAAGCCGUGGCGUUCGGCGCGGCCAUUGAGGCCUCCACCCUCGGUGGUGAAACCCGCGAUGGGAUGGCUGGGGAUAUGCUUAUGGCGGCCGCCGUGAAGGGCGACGGUCCGGCGGUCGGAAUCGACCUCGGGACGACGUACUCGUGCGUGGCCGUGUGGCGGCGCGACCGCGGCGAGGUCAUCGCCAACGACCAGGGCAGCCGCCUCACGCCGUCCUGCGUCGCGUUUUCCGGAUACGAGAGGCUCGUCGGAGAGGCAGCCGUGAACCAGGCCGCCCGGAACCCCGCCAACACCGUCUUCGAUGUGAAGCGGCUGAUCGGCAGAAGAUUCAGUGACGAGUCUGUGAAACAAGAUACCGAGUUUUGGCCUUUCAAAGUAAUCUCAGGUUGUGAUGACCGGCCGAUGAUUGUGGUGCAGCUUGGAGGUGAAGAGAGGCAGUUCACAGCUGAGGAGAUAUCAUCUAUUGUGCUCGCCAAGAUGAGGGAGACCGCUGAGGUCUACCUUGGCACUACAGUUAAGAAUGCCGUUGUUACUGUCCCUGUCUACUUCAACAACUCCCAGCGUCAAGCAACUAUCGACGCGGGUGCGAUCGCUGGCCUGAAUGUCAUGUGCAUCAUCAACGAACCCACUGCUGCUGCCAUCGCCUAUGGUCUUGACAAGAUGCCUAUCAGCAGCAAAGGGAGGACAGUGGUUGUCUUUGAUCUUGGUGGCGGUACCUUUGAUGUGUCCCUUCUCAACAUUGAUCCAGGUGUGGACAUUGGUAUGAGUCUCUUUGAGGUGAAAGCUGUUGCUGGUGACACACACCUUGGCGGUGCUGAUUUUGACAACGAGAUGGUGAAAUUCUGUCUGCGGGAGUUCAUAAGGCAACACAAGAAGAUAGAUGUCAGAAGCAACUUGAAGGCGCUCCAGCGGUUGAGGAGUGCCUGCGAGAGGGCAAAGAGGAUGCUGUCUUCCACGGCAGAGACUACCAUUGAGGUCGACUCGCUGCAUGAUGGCAUCGACUUCUGUGUCACCAUCACCCGCUCCCGCUUCGAGGAGCUCAACAAGAACCUUUUCAGCAGCUGCAUUGAGGCCUUGGAGAAGUGCCUCCGUGAUGCCAAGGUGGAAAAGAGCAGCGUUGACGAUGUUGUCCUCGUGGGUGGCUCCACUCGCAUCCCCAAAGUGCAGAGCAUGCUGCGGGACUUCUUUCACGGAAAGGAGCUUUGCCGGAGCAUCAAUCCUGAUGAGGCUGUGGCAUAUGGCGCUGCCAUCCAGGCCUCCAUCCUCAAUGGUGAAACCAGCGAUGGGGCUGUGGGGGAUAUGGUUCUACUUGAUGUCACGCCGCUCUCGCUUGGGAUCGAGGUUGAGAACGGAACAGCCACAGAUGGUGGUUUGAUGAAUGUGGUUAUCCCGCGAAACACAGCCAUCCCCACCAAGACGAAGAAAGAAUGGUAUAGCACCAACUACCACAACCAGACUAGUGUGCUUAUCCAGGUGUACGAGGGCGAGAGCACGAACACCAAACACAAUAAUCUGCUUGGCAAGUUUGUUCUAUCUGGCAUCCCCCCAGCGCCCAGGGGCGUACCUCGCAUCGAUGUCACCUUUGACAUCGAUGCCAAUGGCAUCUUGAACAUUUUGGCUGAGGACAAGACCACUGGACGGACGAACAACAUCAGUAUCGUUUAUGAGAGUGGUCGGCUGGGCAAGGAGGAGAUCGAGCGCAUGGUGCAGGAGGCUGAGAUGUACAAGGGGAAGGGUAACAGGUCAAGGAAGUGGGGGAAAGGGAGCAAGUCAAGGCGUGGAAGGUGAAUGUGCUACCCUGUCAUCGCCAAGCCUUAUCAGGGUGAUCGCACUUCGUGGAUGCCGGUUGUGCAAAUGCACGUGCCAUGGAUUCGUCUCUGUUCUUAAGUUUCUGGCUUGGCAUACGUAUAACCGUAGCCUAACUUAUGCUUUUUUUUUUUAGUUUCUGGGAACAUGGUUUAAUCCGUGAUAUCUGUUGAAUGCCCUGCAUCUGCGGUACUAAUUUACGUUGGGCAUAA